AUGUCCGAUAAUUCGAGUUUCAAAUGCAAUCUAGAAUUCGAUUCCACUUGGGAAAUUUCAAAAUACAUUUUUCAAUUGAUAUAUUUAGUUCCUGGUGCGAUUUUCAUCGCUGAUAUGUUAUAUGUGUUAACUGUUAAGCAAUGGAAGUUCUAUACAGAUAAUUAUUAUAUUCGAAUUUUUGUUUUUGAAUUGAUCACGGUGAGUUAGACUAAGUUAUUCGAGCGGAGCGAGUGUAAACCGCUGUCUUCCGCUUUAGCGGCCACGUCAAUUCGUAGAGAACUACUAAUAAUCCCGACCGCUCGCGCUUCCGCGCUCAAACAAUCCCAUGUUUCCAGAGCCUAUUCCUAAUAAUCCAAGACAUUUUCUUCGGUCGUCUCACAAUGUACAUCACACCUUUUUGCCCAAUUCUCGGCCCAUAUUUCAAACAAAACCCAGCUCUUCUCAAAUUCCAAAUGGUUUCCCUGAACUAUGUCCGAGCCUCAAAAUCAGUAACUCAAUUCUUCCUCACUCUAAAUCGUAUGACUUGUGUAAUCUUCCCUACUUCUCAUCCAACCUAUUGGAGCAAAAAUAUAAAUCUAGUUAUUAUUUUGAAUAUUUUUCUACCAUUUGGUGCUAUCUGGAUCAUAAUGAUCAGUGAGGUUUAUCCGAAUCCUACAUAUGGUGGAUUCUCAUCAAACUACAAUCGAGCUAUCGAUUGGGCGACUAUUUCAAGAUUUCAGUCCCUAUAUCUAGUCAUCUCUAUGUUUUUCACUAUAAUCUUCACAAUUUUAACUUUCUAUGGCUUACGGAAACUGGCAAAACGUGUAAAAUACUUUGAAAAAAUCCUAUGCAUCGUCACAUUUUUCCUAACCUUCGGCUUCAUUUUCGUAGCCUGUUUUCAAUUUGUCUGGGUAUUCUGCUGGACUUGUUCAGAAACCUAUCCUUCUUUAUACAUGUUUCAAUUCCUAACCUAUGAUUUUCUCAAUGUUGGGUGAGGUGUAAACGCGGAGUGUCGUGAAAAUCACAUUUUUCUAGGACUCCAAUCGUUAUGGUAAUUAUAAAUAAGCAAUUACGUGCUCAUAUGUUCCCAUCUCAAAAAACUACAGAUACAAGGAUUCAAUUAAAAUCUAUUCCAAGUUUUCCAGCUAAACUUUGA